AUGCCGAAGUUGAAUGGUGUCGGUCUCCACGAGACCACACCGGUGAACAUCGAUCCUGGAGGUGAACACAUUCAAAUACAAGAUCUGUCCAGCAGCAACACGUCCCGCGAAGUGUCGCUGUCUCCGGAGCUCAGAGACUGUGAUGUUCCAAUCCCCAGCGUCGAGCACGUGUCGCCUAGCGACCGUAUCGACCCAGCACCCCCCGUUCAUCGUCGUGCUCGUGCACUUACCUCGGCAUCCAUGAUCUCCGGUCUUUCAGAGCUUGAGCGCGACAGCAGCACGGUUGCAGGGCAGAGCGAAACUCCGAGCCGAGACACACCGUCCACUAUAAUGCAAGUCCUUGAGAGCUCCUUCCAGCCCGAAGCGCCUGCCCCGUCUGCCGAGCGUCGUGCCACAUCGACCUCAGACGGUCAAGUGGGCAACGAGAACGCACCGCCCAGUCUUUCUCCACAGGUCACAGUCAUGGGUCAGUACGGACCUCAAACAAUGUCGUCAAGACAUAUCAUGCCAGCCCCAUCGGGUGGUCACAUGCGUUCAAGCAGCUCGUCGGCGACCGAGUAUGGUCAACUGCAUCACGGUCAGCAGUACAUGCAGCCGAAUCAAGCUGGUGGGCGUCGUCCUUCGUACAGCAACCAGACGUGGAGCGGUGCCGAGCACCCCAAUCCUCUGGUUCAACACCUUUAUAUGCAGGGCCCCGGUCCUGGUCCCAUGCUCAAUGCUGGCAUGCACGUCACCGGACGAGGCCACAACACGGUUCAUGCUCGCGACCGUCACGCUCAUGUGUACGGAACUCAUGGAUACGGUCCAGACAACGGCAGUUUGUACCCUUUUCGUCGCGAUAGUUCUUCCAUGUCGCCAGGCACCUCGCGGUAUGGGCCGCCACCAUACAACGGUCCUUUCCGCGGCUUCGGAGCACGAACUCCAGAUGUUUUUGGGCCGUUCAUUGAUGAUAUAGUUGGACCGGCGCAGCCGGUCAUGUCACUCGGGCCAUUUUACCCCCGCGGGCCAGAAGAUGUUCCUGACAUCAUGCGGGAGGGGAGCAAUAGGUAUGAGUGCAACAAUGGUGGCAUAACGUCGUCCGUACACCACCGCGAUGGAACGCCUAUUGCCGACUUGUCGCCUACUGUGGGACAUUUCGACCCGUUUUUCAACCAGUCGUCUGGAAGAGGUCCCAUAGUCGAGAUUCAUGACGAUCGCGUUGAUCGUCCAAGAAACACCUCGGCCACACUCCUACCAGAUCAACAUAGAAACGGUUUUAUGGGCCGUGCUGGUAUUGUGAGUAACGGGCAGCUCCCUCCGCGGUCCAACAGCCAUGGACACCAUCCAGGUUCGCGUGGCAGCAUGUUGCCCAGCUACAACAACAACAAUUACACGAGCCCAAGCCCAGGCCAUCUAGGCCCACAUGGAAGCCUGUCGCCUAAUGGCCGCGUCGGCGAGAAUGCGUGUAUUGACCCGCGUCUCCUGGCACUUAGUCCCGCGCCACAGAACAACAGCCCCAUGGAUGGUGCUCCCCUGCCUUCCGUGGAGCGGGCCCGCGUCCACGCCGCGAACCCAAACAGCACUACCCGGACCUCUCCCGUCAGCCCUGCCAACCGUGCUGUUCGUGGCAACAGCCGCCUGGGUCAAGAGGUUGUUCUUGCUUCUGUCGAAGAGGACACGGACGACAAGGCCGAUUCGGACGGUUCUGACAAGACCGUGAAGGCCACAAAGGACGAAGAUGAUGACAAAGAGUCCACCCCUCGUUCGUCCUCCAAGCGUGGUGGCCGCGACCGAGAUGACAAGAAUGGCGGUCCUGGCCCCAGUGGCUCUGGUCCAGGCCCAGGUACAGGUGGUGCCGGCGCUGGUGCGAGCGGUUCUGCUCCCAGCAACAGCAAAGCUUCCGACUCUCGGUAUGGCAACAAAUCUGAUCAGAGUGGCAACUCGUCGACCAAAGGCCCCUUACCCGGCUACCGUGGACAUAGCUCUGAAGGCUGUGGCGUUCAUGCGCUCACAGCCGAUGCCAAUGUCGCCGGUGCCCUUGUCCCCCAGGUCCAAAUGGACGACGCAGCGAGCACCGGGUCGGGAAAAGAGUCAGGCGGUUCCGGGGGUGGUGCCGUCAGCGCUUCGAACGCUGUCGUCGCCCAGACCGCGAUUGAGCAGUUGGCCACGGACGACCACAUUGUCGUCACCGCCGGCUGCCCUGACCCGGAAUCGCCCAUGACGCGGCCGUUUUCGAACGUCGGCGGCGGACUCGCCGACGACCCCUUCGUCGACCACCAACCCCGGCUAGACGAAGAAGAGUACCAGGAGCGCAAAGAGGCCUUUCUCCGUCGGAUGAAGCAUCCCUUUUUCACGUCCGAUCUUCUCCAGUGCUGGCUGCCCUUGUCCAAAGAUUCGGAUUUUGCUCCGCUGGAGCGCGAGGUAUACGGGGCCAUGUCCCCCACUGUACGCUGCAAAGUCUUGCUCGAGGAACGGCGGAUUCGCACGGGAAGGCGACCAAGUGCAAACUUCGACGUCGCCACAAUCUACGAUGAGACAAUCUCCAUGAUUGCCCAGCGCAAGCGAGAGAACCGGCAUUACCUCGCCGUCCAGCGGUAUGGCGACUAUCUUGCUGCCAUGGGAGAAUGUGAGCGCGCCGGCACAGAUAUGGCUGGCAUUUCAGAAGUCGUCGCACGUCGCGGCACCCACGCGGCUGACUACCUCCGGCAGGAAGGUUAUCAUCUUGACAUUUACCGCGGUGAUCUCGAUGGCGAGUUGCGAGCGGAAUACACCUUGAAUCCAGACCACGAAAUGCACAUGCGGAACAUGUUCCAACUGCGGAACAAUGGCAACUACCUCGGCGCAUUCGGCACACGGCUCGUUCGCAAGCUUGAAGUCUCCACCGAGCCUGGCGAGAGGUAUCAAUUUCGAUGGUGA